AUGAUGAAGCGACUCCUAAUCCCCACUAGACUGAGACUGGAAUGUUUAAGAAAAAACUCUAUUGCUGCAGAGGCGGCUGCAAGUCCUCCUCAUGUACCUGUGCUUUGUGACACCGCCAUCGAAUACCUGCAACCCGUCGCAGGAGGCACCUACUUCGACAUGACCUUUGGAGCUGGUGGUCACACAAGACGCCUCUUGGAGAAGUGCCCAGAGGCGAAGAUCUAUGCCUUGGAUCGUGAUCCUGUGGCCCACAAGCUAGCCAAAGAGAUGAGCGAGUCGGAGGAGUACAAGGGCAGAGUGAUUCCUCUUCUGGGCAAAUUCUCCGAUAUACCAAAGCUUUUCCAAGAACAUGGCCUGGCCAAGCACUCGGUGGACGGGAUGCUCUUCGAUUUCGGCUGCAGUUCCAUGCAGUUUGACGAGGCUGAACGGGGAUUCGCCAUCUCCAAGGACGGUCCUUUGGACAUGCGCAUGGAUGGAGGCCUUAGCGAGGGAGUGACUGCUGCCGAUGUGUUGGCCCACGUGGAGGAGGGAGAUCUCGCCAAGAUCCUGCGCUACUACGGCGAGGAGAAGGCGGCCAAGAAGAUAGCCCGAGGUUUGAUAGACGCACGCAAGUCGCUCGUAAAGAUUCAGACCACGUGGCAGCUGGCGGAUAUAGUAGAGGAUAUCCUGGGCAGUGGACCCCGGAGGGAUAAGCUUCAAAGGCCCUCCCACUCGGCCACCAAAACUUUCCAAGCGCUUCGCAUCUUUGUGAACAAUGAGCUUAACGAAAUCAACUAUGGCAUGGUGUUGGCCAACGAAAUUCUUCGUUCAGAGGGCCGCCUGGUCACCAUCACUUUCCACUCGCUGGAGGACACCAUCGUUAAGCGUCACAUUAACGGGAAUGUCCAAGCCGGAGCCGCCAAUGCCCUCCCUCUGAAAUAUUCCAGUCACUUUGCCAUCGACGAUCCGGAGGUAUUGGAAAGCCUGACGCAGUCCAAUUGGAUGCAGCUUCAUCGCCAUGUCAUCGUGCCAGAUGCCGAGGAGGUGGCCAAAAACACGCGCAGUCGUUCAGCCAAGCUGAGAGCAGCCGUCAAAAUAAACUAAGAGAUAUAUCAAUAAAUUUCA